CGAAUGGAUACACUCGCGACUUUGGCCGCCGCCAGCGGCGUAAGUGCGCACCUUCUCCUCUAUCGCCGCGGCGAAUGGGAUGUCCAGUCUCCUCGUAUUUUUGUCACCUAUGCAUUGAUUACGUUAACGGCUUUCUUCCUCGAGCGUACGACUGUCUUAGAUGGCCUCGGCGUCACGAGUCGACCACGCUGGGCUUUCAAUGUCGUGGGGUGCCACAUUCUCGGCAUUUAUCUUAGCAUGCUCUGUUAUCGCGCGUUCUGGCAUCGAUUGUCCAGCUUCCCUGGUCCGUUCUUGGCCAGGCUGUCGAAUUUCUAUGUCACGACGCUGUCGGCUAAGAAGUUACAUCUUCAUGAGGAGGUUGAGCGACUGCAUCAACAGUAUGGCGAUUAUGUGCGCUUAGGCCCCACUGAGUUGUCAAUCACGAAUCCCCAGGCCGUGAAAGCACUGUAUAGUGCGCAAGCAAAAGUGAGCAAAGGCCCGUGGUACACCGUCUUAGAGCCCCGUGUGUCUCUUCAAAUGGUCCGCGACAAAAAAGAACACGCUCGGCGAAGAAAGGUAUGGGAUCAAGGAUUUAGUUCAAAGGCGCUACGCGACUAUGAGCCCCGGGUGACGCUCUAUACUAACCAACUCAUCGACGCCAUCGGCAAGAACGUGGGAAACCCCAUGAACAUGGCCAAGUGGUUCAACUACUACAGCUUCGACGUGAUGGGUGAUCUCGCAUUUGGCAAGCCCUUCAACAUGCUUAUCGACGGAAAAGACACCUACUUCUCGCUACAGCUGCACGAGGACAUGAAGGCCAUUGGUCUGUUCAGUCAUCUUACAUGGCUUUUUCCAUUCUUCAAACGGGUUCCGCUUGUGAACGCAGAUUAUCUCAAGUUCUGGGCUUGGGUUGGCGAGCAAGUAGAUCGGAGAAUCAAGAAUCCCCCUAAGAUCCCGGAUGUGUUCUCUUCGAUCUUGGAUGCUUAUCAGAAAGGGCCAAGAUCCAAGCAGGAUUGGCUGGAUCUCCACGGUGAUGCAUAUCUAAUUAUCGUGGCAGGAAGCGACACUACCGCAGCGACAUUGACGAAUCUAUUCUUCCACCUUGCGACCGACCCCGUCUGGCAAACAACGCUCCAGGCUGAACUCGAUGCCCUACCUAGUCUAUCUCAAGAGCAGCUCACCGGAGCCAAGGUCCUUGACGCACUCAUUAAUGAGACCCUGCGUUUGCAUCCGGCUGUUCCCUCUGGCACACAGCGGAUAACUCCCCCUGAGGGUCUUCAGAUUGGCGAUCGGUAUAUUCCUGGGGAUGUGAUGGUUUGCGUACCCACGCAUACUUUAUUUCGAGAUGAGCGCGUGUUCGCCCAACCCCACGAAUUUCUUCCAGAGCGAUGGACGACACGGCCCGAGCUUAUCAAGGAGCCAUCUGCGUUUAUCCCGUUCAAUGCUGGCCCAUACGCGUGUGUCGGAAAGCAGUUGGCGCUGAUGGAACUCCGACUCGUUGCCGCCGAGAUUCUGACCAGAUACGACGUCCGUCUUGCACAGGGGCAAAGAGCCGAUGUUUUCUUGGAGAGUUGUCAUGACACCUUCACGUUGGCGACGGGGGCGCUUGAGUUGGUUUUUGAGGAGAGGAAGAAGAGCGGUUCUUCGUGA